GGCGAGGAGGAGGCUCCUGACGCGGACGCGGUGACGUGGCGCUUCUUCCAGCCCUUCCAGGGGGGCAGCGUGUUCGUGGCAACGCAGGCGAUCGGUUGGACCCUGUUCAGCAGCACGGUGGUGUCGCUGCUGCUGCUGGCCAAGCAGCUGGUGGCGGGGGUGGGCUACUGCCUGCGCUGGUGGGCGCUGGCGGCGGGGGCGCUCAUGGUGGCAACACAGCUGGUGCUGGGUGUGUCCAUCCUGACCUUCCAGCACAGGCGCCGCGCACGCAAGCUGCUGCAGCCCGUGCUGCUGCACCCGCGGGACGCAUUCGCACGCGCGGCAGGCUUGGUGAUGCCGGUUGUGAUGAUGUACCUGCCCCUCCACGUCAGCACCUCAGCCAUGGCAGCGCUGUUCGUGCUGCUCCCCCCGCGGCUGGCGCUGCUGGCGCUGGCUGCCGUGCUGCUGCCGUACUUUGUCAUCACGCUGCGGGGGCACCCCGCGCACACGGGCUGCCGUCGCUGGCAGUGGCUGUGCCGAUGGUUCGGCCGCGUGGUGGAGGGAAGCCUGGCUUGGUGGUCCGGCAGCCUCACCCUCAUACGCGACUUUCCCGGCACUGCGGACCAGGCGGCGGAAGAGGCACUCAGGCGGCAGCAGAGGGAGGAGGGCGGGGAAGAGGAGGGCGGCGUGGAGCAGGAGGAGAGCGGGCAGCAGCCGCGGCGGCGCUAUGUGUUGGGCUUCCACCCUCACGGGCUGUACCCCACGGGUGCUGGCUUCCUGCCGCUGAUGCCCGGGCUGCAGUGCGCCUUCCCGGGUCACACCAUCGUGACGCUCACCGCCUCCAUCGUGCACUACCUGCCGGGGCUGCGGGACAUCGCGGGCUGGGCGGGGUUCAGACAGGUCACCCGCGCCACCUUCCGCCGCGCGCUGCGGGACACCGGCGCCGUGCUGCUGUGCCCCGGCGGCCAGGCGGAGCUGGUGUACGCAGACAGGGCCUUCCCGACCCGUGGGUCACCCGCAGCGGCCGCAGCAGCCGCCUUCGCCGCCUCCACCUCCACUUCCUUCACGUCCUUCUCCAUCUCCUCACCCCCCUGCUACUCCUCCGGCUCCAAACCCACCGCCGCAUGCGGCUCAGCUGCAUGCGGCCCAGCCCAAGAAGCAGGGUCAGGGCACGGAACGGAAGCAACGCAAGCCGUCUCUCCACCCUCCUCCGCAACCCCGCUGCCUUCCUCCUCUGCUGGGGAGACCCCUGAUGGCGCUAGCGGCGGUGGGGUAGUGCGCAGGGGAGGCAGCAACGGUGUGCCACAUCAGCCACCUCACCCACAGCCCCGCCCCCACCCUCAGCCUCAGCCUCACCCUCCCCACCAGCUGGUGGUGUUUGCGGGCCACCAGGGGUUCGUGCGGCUGGCGCUGGAGGAGGGAGCCUGGCUGGUGCCGGUGCUGGCGCUGGGGGAGACGCUGCAGCUGCGCAACCUCAUCUCCGCCCCCGCCAUGCAGCGCGCCACCUACAAGCGCCUGGGCUUCCCUGUGCCCUUCAUCCUGGCGGGCCGCUGGGGCGUCACCACGCUGCCGCUGCGCAACCCGCUGGUCUACGUGGUGGGCCGCCCGCUGCCGCCGCCGAGGGGCUGGGAGGCGCAGCGGCGCCGCAGGCUGGGGGCGGCGGAGGGAGGGCAGGCGGCGGAGGGAGGGCUGGUGGGAGAGGAG